CCGUAGUAGUGGCGACCGAAUCGAAUCAACGGAGGGCAUCCUCCGGUAAAAAUCACGCGAAACCAUCCUCUGAUUCCCCCUCCCCCUCGUCCCAUCCAGAUCUGUCUAUCAUCGUCGCUCCCUCCACUCUGAAUUCCCCUCCCCUUCUCUCGGUGAAGGUCCUCACCGGCGCCCCCGCUGCCACGGCCCUCUCUCCAAAUCGUCGCCGACCCGAGAAUCUCCGUUCAACAGCAAGGUCAUGGCAGAAACCAUUGAUCUAACAGGGGAUGGAGGCGUUCUUAAGACGGUGAUCAGAAAAGCAAAGGAUGAUGCUAUAAGCCCAUCCGAUAGCCUUCCAUUGGUUGAUGUUCAUUAUGAAGGGACACUUGCUGAAAAUGGCGAAGUUUUUGACACCACACAUGAAGACAAUUCUAUUUUUUCAUUUGAAGUUGGCCAGGGAGCUGUCAUUAAAGCAUGGGAUAUAGCCUUAAGAACUAUGAAAGUUGGCGAGAUUGCAAAAAUAACAUGCAGGCCGGAAUAUGCGUAUGGAAGUCCAGGCUCGCCGCCAGAGAUACCAGCGAAUGCAACACUCAUUUUUGAGGUGGAAUUAGUUGCUUGCAAGCCAAGGAAAGGUUCAAGUCUGGGCAGUGUAUCUGAUGAGAAAGCCAGGCUAGAGGAGCUUAAGAAACAGCGGGAGCUGGCUGCUGCCACCAAAGAGGAAGAGAAGAAGAAGAGGGAGGAGGCAAAGGCCGCGGCAGCGGCUCGUGUGCAAGCCAAACUUGACGCCAAGAAGGGCAAGGGAAAAGGAAAGGGCAAAUAGAUUACUCCCAACUGAUGUAUUAGUAGUUGCAUUUGCUGCUGAGUGCCGACUGUUGUAACCUAGAAAAUAAUCUGCACGAAGCAUCAGACUGCAAGAAGAUUGCUUAUUGGCUACUGUGCUUUGGGGGAUGCUACAUGGCCUAUGUUGCCCAGCACCAGCCGUACUGAAAACACUAAAUAAUUACAGCAAUCUUCUCCUGGCUUUUACACAAGA